AUGAUGGUGACAAUCUUGUUCCUUGAGGUUUUGGGCUCACUCGGAAAGGUUACUCUCCCGCACUACACGUGGAGAUCGGCACGUCUCUUCCUUGCACCAUCCCUCGGCUACGCCUUCCAUGCCACGCUCUCCCUCAUGGCUCUUCAGGGCAUGAACAUCCCCAUGUAUGGGGCGGUAAAGCGAUGCACGCCCCUGGUCAACCUGGUGCUAUCAGUGGUGAUCCUGCACAGGCCAUUCCCUUCCUGUACCCUCAUCUCCUCCAUCCUCAUCAUCACCUCAGGAUGUUUUGUGGCAGCUUUGGGUGACCUCACUAUAGACACUUUUGCAUACACAAUGGGUGGCCUGAGUGUGCUUGCGCAAGGAUUGUACCUGACACUGGUCCAACAGUGUGCCGAGAACAAACUGUCAACACUGGAGAUCCUGCAGCUCAACAGCUACAACACACUUGCACCUUUCAUCAUUGUGUCUGUCUUGAUGGGCGAGCCUGAAGCCAUUGUCAGAAGUCGAUACCUGACUGAUAUUGGCUUCCACCUGACGUUCUGGACACUGGUAUCAUUGGGCUCUGUUCUCAACUACUCCUUGUUCCUGUGUACUGCCCUCAACUCAGCCCUGACCACGUCACUCGUGUCUGUGGCCAAGUCAGUGAUCCAGACGCUGGUGGGAUUUUUCGUGUUUGGCGGAGUCAAGUAUCAUCCUCUCAACAUCACAGGCAUUGUAAUGAACACCGUUGGAGGCUUCAUGUACACUUACACUAAAUACCAGGAAGGAAAAAAGAAGUACCAGAAGGACGAGAACUACAACAAACUUCAGCUGAAUGGGGUAGUGAGCAUACCAAGAGAAGCACCCUUAAUCCCCAAUGGAAUAAAGCGGGAUGAACACUCCCUUAGCGAAAUCAAAGUUAGCUAACACUUCUAGAGUUAGGCAACAUUACUUUUUGGGUAGGGGUUAUAUAGGUAUGUUCACAUUGCCAGCCAAUAUUCAUUGCAGGUGGCUUGCAAAACUGCGUUCUCUUUGGAAGGCGUACAAGGAAGGGUAAUCCUAUGUUAAUGGGGUUAGAAUCAUUAUGACAGAUGAGGUUAUGGGAUCGAGUCUUUACUUUCAAUUUUCUGCCUCAUGAAGUGUCUUUUCCUCUAUUUGUAAGUUUCUUGUUUUGCCAGUGAUGUAUUAGGCUGUAUGUUGUCCUUGAGUAUGAUUUUGGCAUAAAAUUUUUUUUAAUGUUGACUGUUAAAGUCUGUCUUUUGUAUUGUAUUUUGAAGUUGAAUGUGUACAUUCUCUAUAUUUAUUCAUACAAAAUAACAAAAUAUUUUGGAUGUUAUCUCACAGUGGUUCCUAACUUUUGAAUUGAAUCUUUCCAUGCACCUCAGGGGUUUGAAAGAUCAGGAUUCUUAAUAAGCCAAUUUUAUUACUAGACUUGUUUUAACAAUUUGUUCUCACAGUUGAAAUAUGUACUGUCAUUAUGCAAAUGUAUAAAUGGAAUUAUUUUUAAAAAAUAUGGUUUGUAGCCUUAUUAUAAAUAUACAUAUUCUUAUUUAUCUUUUUAAGUAAUGCAGCAUUUGAAACUCCUCUUCCAACAAGUUGGACAAGAUGUUUUGAUUGUCAGAACCCUUACUUUGGUGUCUGGGACAAGUUGGUCAUCUCGUCCAUAUCACCAUGCUUUGCAGCUUGGGGAACAGGACAAGAUGAUGUCACAAUAAUAUUUGUAUGUAAACAUUGACAGUUGCAGGCAGUUGAUAUGUAAUUUUAUGGCCCUUUAUUGUUGUUAUCAAAUUUUGUUUUUGUGUGUUUUCAAGUUGCAGGUAAGUUGAUUAUGCAUCAGAGGAGUUUUAAAUCCUAUGCAGCAUUUAAAAUAAAAACAGUAGUAUGGUGAAUUAGUGAAUGUUUGCUUUUGAACCAGUUGCAUUGUGGGCAUGAAGGCCUUGGAAGGUUCCAAACAUGUUCUCGUUGUCCUGCUGGUCCUGACAAGUUGUCUGGAUAAGCAAUAAAACCAUUACCUCUCAGAC